AUGAGUAAGAGAAAAUGUGUUAGAAAGUCCAGUAAACUAUCUGGUCAAGUGGAGGAGGGUGAGAAAGUUGGAAGUUUGGGAGGUGGAUCAAUUAUUGAUGGCAUAAUUGACAUUUGUAUGCAUGAUGGUGAAGAAUAUGCACUUGUAACUUAUCUAGAUAAAAAUUUUGAUCCAAAGUGGCAUCCCAUUAGGAAUUUGAUCAAUGCAGACCACUUGGUGAAUGAGUAUAGACAGAUCGAAAGGAACGCUAGUCAGCGUGCUGCUCAGAGACUGUCUAAUCAGGGAGAAGAAACUGCUGAGGCUAGUCAAAGGGUACAAUCACAAACGAAUUCAACUUGUGUACCAUCCCAGGGUCUCACCGAAGAACCAAAUGAUCAGAUAUCUCAAUCACGAAGGUCGCCGUCAGUCGAUUCGAGUAAUAAUUCUAUGGAUGAUCCUUGGAGCCAAAAUUCAAAAUCUCAAAAGUCUUCACCGGAAAGUCCAGCUAAAAGGUCAAAGGACAAUACAAAAAAAAAGGUCAUAAAGCGUACAUCGUCCACCCGUGGUGAAAAUUCUAAAAAUGUGGUAGUUACAAAGAACAUUGGAAAAUCAAAAAAAAAAAAAUAUCGAGGCAAAGUACAGCAGAUCGUAUUCAUCGAGUCGGGGAGUGAAGAAUCAGAUGCAAAGGUUGAUUAUGCUUCUGCCCAUGAAGAUGAUAUGGAAUUUGAUAAACCAACUAAUGUUAAAGAAGACAGCAAAUCAACUAACGAUAAUGAACAAAAGAAAUCGAAUAACUUUUUUGAUGAACUCUCAAACAGUGAUUAUGAUGCAUGGGAAUUACCAGACGAUUCACCUAGUCCAUCUCCAGUCGAAAAAUCUCCUAAAAGGAAAAAGAGUUCUUCAAUCGCCACCGUGGAUAUUGCGGAAAAAAAAAUGAAAAAUGUCAAGUCCGAGGAGAUUUCGAUAUUUCCGGAGCCAGUUGAGGUGCCUAUGAGUGUAAGCUCAUCCUCAUCUUCAAUCAUAAAGAAAUCUACUCCCUUGAAAACCAAAUCCAAGAAAACCUCAGGAAAUGUUAUGCCUGAUAUAACGCCUAAUAUCAAGCUGCAUGAUAAUGACAAUUAUUUUUGGAUGGGGCAGUAUUCGAAGCAACAAGAAGUGGAAUCGCGAAAUAAGAUUACAAAAACUUCAAAUUUAUUACAUGAUUUAUUAGAGCGGCCUGAACAGUCACGAUCAGAAAAUUCUAAUUUGUCGCAUUAUUAUUCUGGACAAACUGCUGAGCAAAUGGAAAUGGAUUUUUAUUCAAAACAACAAAGCACAAAUAAAAAUUUGCGUAUUCCUUUUGAAAAUCAAGAGGAUAGUGUGCAAUCAAAAAUCCAGAAAGCCGAAAAGGAAUAUAUUUCAAUGAACAAUCCAUUGGAAAAGAUUCAUGGAUCAAAAAAUUCAAUUGAAGAAAAUAUGCAUAAUACAUCUCGAGCUUCUUUUAGUAGUCAAAAUGUUCGAGAUGAAUAUGCACAAAAAAAGCAGAAAUUAAUGCAUAAGUCUACGGCAGAAAUUAAUAUUCCUCCAUCGUUUACUUUGGACGUUCCAGUGAAACGCGAGGAAGAAGACCUUCCAAACUUACAUUCUAUAACUCAGAAUUCAUUAAGCUCAUCUAGGUCAUCGUUUAUCGUGUCAAAUCAGAGGGAGGAGCAAAAAUACUCUGAACGAAUUCCGUUAAAUCAAGAUGUUCCUGCACUUUUAACAAACACUACGCGCGAUAAUGAUUUGAAUCAGUUUAAGCAAAGCUCACAAAAAAUGACUGGUGCUUCGGUUCUGACAGAAAAUACUUCCAGAGCAAAAAAAGGAGUAAUUAAGAAACCAACUAAUAGAUCUCUUACACAAGUAGAACCUCUCGAACAAUAUCAUCUAAUAUCAAAUGGCCCAACACAAUGGGUUGGAUCCUUGAUAAAAGGUGAUCUGGUACAGUUUGGUGGAAAGGUAACAGUCAAACCAAUGGAGGGGAGAUGCAAAAAUAGUUCCACUUUAGAAAUGAUAAAACACAACACCGAAUUGUGGAUGGAAAACAUGCUGCCACAAGCUUAUGCAGAAAAAUUGGUUGUUGCAAAUGAUCCUGAAAAGUAUCCUAUGUUUACAAUGAAUGCAGUGGAAAAUAAUCCUACAUCCAAGAAAAAUGUGGAGGAGGAAAACACCUUGAUGAAAUGGAAUGAAAUUGUAGGAGUAAUUUGGCUUGACAAGGCAGAAAAAUUGUGCUGGCUAGUUUUUCCUAAUUCACAGCGUACAUGCGUGACUCUUGCCAUUUCACCACGUCCAAGUGAAAAGUUCAUAAUUAUACCGAGACGUAUUUGUGUCGAUGACAUUUCGGAUUCAAGUCUCAUAAAUUUAUCUGAGACUGAUCCUUUAUCCGAUUCCAGACUUUUAUCAAAUGAAUCGUAUCAUAUGGUGCAAUUAGUUAUAUUAUCUAAUAAUUAUACUGCAUUACCGGACAUUUGUAGUAAUGCUUCAAAUUUUGCAGUCUUUGGACCAAAGGACAAUUUUGAAGUAGAGGAAAUGGUUGAUGCAUGUAAAGGCUUAAAUGUAAAUUAUGAUCAUGAUUUCAGUGGCGAUAAUAUUGAUCUAGUAUUGAUUCAUAUUCAAUACUUUAACCAAAUAAACUAUAUUCCACGCUUGAUAGAAUUAAAGCACAACCCAGGUUGUAAAUUUCGUUUGUUUGGAUGGAACAUUGUUUCGGCUGAUCCUGUGAACCUUGUUGAAUGUUUUCCUAAUGGGUGUGUGGUCACUAUCACACCAAAGCUAUUGUUAUCUUGGGCUCGGGAUGUUAUCCAGCGAAUUAGGAAUAUUACUAAUCAGCAGCGAACAGAAAAUGGUGGGGAAUGGUACAUAAAAGUUCAUCCGCUACUGAAAAGUUAUUUGGAGUACACUUUCAACAAGGAUCAGAGCAGAGAGGCCGAGGAAGCAUUACAUUACUUGAACAAGCAUUUUCAAUUGGGAAAUUUCAGCUAUUUUAACGAAGAAGAAUUAUACCUUUUGCAGGGCUCUCUCGAAAACGAUUCUCCUUUUAUUAACAAGUUGCACUACAUGAUGACUCGGUAUCACAAUUUAAAUGUAAGAAAUCUGCGUCAUGUAAUUGUGAUUCAGGAUGAGUCCGAAGUUGGAAUUUUUUGCCUGCCUAUAGAAGGGGUUGAAAGGAUGACUCUACCUGAAUUCCAAUCAAAAUUUGGACCAUCUAAGUAA